AUGCGAUGUCUCCGCGUUUCGCUACGACCACCGAGUGUGAGUGUGUGUGAUCAUAUGUUCCCUGGGUACAUAGGGAGGACCUGUCUGUACAUAGUGAGAGGGCACUUCACCUCCCAGUACAUAGAGGUGAGGCAGCAGCAGCAGCAGCAAUAAGCAUUAGUAGUAGCAUCAACAGCAACGAAUAAGAAGGCUAGAAGAAAUCGUUGUUCUAAAUAGUGUGCUCUAGGAAAAGUGCAUUCUAAAAAGGAGAAACCUACUGCUCCGAAGAAGGAUUGUUAAUGUUUGCCGCGUCCUUGUUCUCGAAGCCGUGGAUGGAUUGUUUUUCAGUGUUUUCGGUGAAUUUUAGCCGAGUAGCCACUAGGAAUUAGUUGGAGUCGGAGGAUAUUGUUUCAUAAUCGUCUCCCUCCCUCCCUCCGGGAGGUAGUUGAUCGACGAAGGAAGCCAUUUUUCCAGUGAAUUGAAGAGUGCGGGUGGAUCAACGAGAGGAGGAUAAUGAGUUGUAAAUACAGUAAUAGUCUGCACGUUUUUCCAUGGAAAUCGAUUAUCGGAGGAUUGCCUACGAAGUGAUGGUCUCUCCAGCGGUUGACAGUCGUUCAGUGUUUAUCGAUGUGCGAGUUUGAUAGAAGAUUGUGUUUGAAGACAACUUACGUCUCACUAGCUGUAAUUGUGCUAGAUAGUGUGCUUUUCUCGAUUCCGUUGAAUUCCGUAGAAUAUAAUAUACCAUUCUAAGUGUGAAAUGCUUACCCGUGCGUCGCUUGUUCCAGUAAUUAGAUCAAUAGUCCAUACCCACAUAGGCAUAGAGUGUUACGUAAAGGUCACUACGGCUCCAUUAGAUAAGAGCAUUAUGAAAUAAGUGUUGAAUGAAGCAAAGUUUUACCCUACACAGAGCACGUAGUGAAUAGAAUAGUAGCUGUACCAGGAAUUAGUAGUAAGAAUACGUGUUUCGAACACACUACUGAUGUUUGCCAACCCUUUCGUCGAAUAUAAUUGAUUUUGGAUUAUGGAAACCAAGUCGGCGACGGUGAAUCAAUCCGGAAGAAAAGGUGCAAAGUGAUCAGCAGUUUUCGAUUGUAUUUUAUAACGAUCAAAUAUAUCAAAGGACACUUCAACCAGACCAGCACCGCCCGAACACAAUAACCAAACGGCGGCAGCUUGAGUAACGUAGCAGUGAUGUGGUGGUAAACUAAACCGCAACCAGAAUCAAAAGUAAUGUGACAAGAAACCAAUUCUAAUCCAAUUUGAGCGCUGUACUGAGAAACACCCGUCAAAGUACAAGAAAGUGAAGCGCACCAAGGCAGAAAAGAAGUGGUCUUUGAGAAAGUGCGUGUGCCAUUUAAGGGGUGUGUGUGUGUGUGCGCGCGCCCGUGCGGUGCGGUGAGCUGGGCAAAAUAUAAUCCCACUCAGCGCUAGCGCUACUGUCCGGCCGUCAGAAUGAAGCAAACAGUGAUUCUAUUCAUAAUUGGUUGCACCGUGCUGGGGGCUGCUUUCGCGGGAGCACAGAAUGCAGCAAAUGGUGACCCAGCUCCGGGCCGGUCUCCGGGACCACCCGGGGUAGCGCAGCUACCGAACACCGAGCACGGAGAGCCCAUGGACGGUGAAACGCCGACGUUCAUCUUCACCAAGGAUGACACCGCUGGUAGUCGUUCGCCGUUGACGUCGAACGACGUUCUGGAUCCACCGCCGGGCGAUGAUGAUGACGACGUCGGUGGUGGUGGUGGUGGUGAUUCAGAACAGUUCGCAGGUGACGUCAGCAGUGAAUCCUCCCGAAGCAGCAGUGUGCUGGCUGCUUCCGGGGAAAGUGAAGAAGUGGAACUGGCUGGUUCUGUGGGAGGGGAACUUCAGGUCGAGAAUCAACUGGAAGGGGAACCGGGACCGGAGCAGGUAGAAGUGGAACCUUGCUCGAGGAGUAUCGAGGAUUAUCUGAAGCCAGACGAUAAGAUUGUGCGGGUUGGCAAAGACGACGACAGCAGAGGCGAGACGCACCUGCAGGUUCACGUCGUUCAUGACGUGUUUGACACCGCUAAUGGAAUUGUUCCGGGCGUUGUGUAUCGAGUGGAAGCCCAACGCUCGAAGGAGUCCGAUGUCCGUGACUUUUACAUCGAAUCACUGGAGGAGGCAGUGCCUGCUCACUUGCACCGCCAGCAGCCGGUGGGGCGGUUCUUAGAUAGCAAUCAACUUUCCAAUUCGGUAGCCCGGGCCAUGGGCGAGGGGUCCUCCAUCGAUUACCAUCCGCUUCCAUCCAACACGUGGAUCGACGACCUGGAAGCGGACUGGGCCAGUGGCCAGCAUCAUCAUCAUCAUCAUCAACAACAACAACAACAAGAGCAGCCGGCCACCGGUGAAUCGAAGCAACCGUGGCGAACGCGAAUCAAUAACGCCAUCCAGUGGAACUCGAUCCAACCGAACAUUGAAGCCUACUUCGACGAGGGCGAUUCGGAUGACCGGGAAGAUGAGCGGGGCGGUCCCUUUCUUCCCCGGGACUGUCUGAGCCACGUUUGGAAGCAGGAUCUCAUGUUCAACGACCGGAUGGUCAUGAAUUGGAGCGUUCCGGUGGCCGCCACGGUCGAUGGGCUGUACAGCGAAGAAGUGGACGAACAGGUCGCGAUCGAUAGUGGGAAGCUUAGUACAAGUAGCAAUAGCGGUAGUAGCAGAGAUAGUCUAGAUGACAAUGGCCAACGCAACAGAACUGUCUAUUUUAGGAUAUUAUAUCGUACAAUGACCAGCCAUAUUGUUUACGAACUGAUUUACACAAUGGUGCUUUUAAAAGAAUGCAAUUUACUACUUAAGGAAACCACGGGAUCUCUCGACUCCGGCAAGCUGCCGGCGGAGUACGAUGACUGUAGAAUAGGCUUCCCCUCGCAAUUGGAGGAUCAGCAGCAGCAGCAGCAGCAAUCGCCACCGGGUCUGGUGGUACAACUAACGAGGCUCAACAUACCCUGCCGAGUGGACGGCGGCUAUCUCAAAUUUCUCGAACAUUCCAUCUCUGGCGGUAGUGUAGAUGGAGUAGGUGAUGCUGCGGUGAAGAGCAUCGGUGAUCGUGCGCUGAACGGUGAGCCGUGGCAGCCGGACGGCGAACGAAGUGUGCUCUGUGGCAAGCUCGAAGAACUGCCCAAACACGAACGGACGUUCUACUUUCAGAGGCACCGGAAUACCAGUGUCGUGGUGCAUAACCGGGCGGUGUUUAGUUUUAACUUUAGGCUAGUGGAUUACUGUUACAAUGUAACGUUGAGUGAUAGGAACAGUUCGGUGCUACUGAGGCCUUUGCGAGGUCUCGACUGUCGCUUCAAGAUACAUCUGCCGUACGGAAACCGGGUCCGGCUACGACUUCUGACCAAUGGAGCGGAGGAGUCUGUCAAUUCUACAACCGCGAUCAAUCACGAAGAGGUAGAUCUGAGCAUGGCCCACAGCGGUGACAGCUACGGUCUACAGUGCUAUGGUGGACUUCGUUUUGAAGUCUACGAACAACCACAGAAUCGGUGGGCUCGCUGCAUAGAUAGCUACAGUACGGCAACCAUCUACACGUUGCUUUCCAGUGAUAAUAGUUUAGUUAUUCAAAUCAACAAGAACCCACUGCUGGCAGCCUUGGAAGCCGCCGCGGAGGCAAACGAUAGCAGUAGUUCCAGCGGUAGUAGCAGUAGCAAACCAGUGCCAUCACUACUCAUCGAAUACAGUACGCAUCCGAUUGAGAACGUCAUCUCACAAUGUGCCUUCGGAUGGGUCGCGAGCAAUCAAUUCUGCAUCGCUCCGUUUGAAAGUCAGCGACUCAGCUGGAUGGAAGCCGAACGGGAGUGCAACCACCGGGGAGGUCACCUUGCCUCGAUCCGAUCGGUUGCCGACCAGAUGCUGGUCGAUCAACUAUUGCUCAAGAGUCCCGGCUAUAGGGACGGGAACGCCUACUGGAUAGGAGCAUCGGAUCGGAUGCUCGAGGGAGACUUCCGGUGGAGUGACAAUCUACCGUUUACGUAUACUAAUUGGUUUCCUGGCUGGAUUCAACAGGAGAACUACAACCGACAGCCAAACGACGACGGUCUAAGCAGUCAGGACUGCGUGGAGAUUCGACGGCAGUUCCAGACUCCUCCGGGGACGUCGUUGAACGUUAAUCCGCUGGCGAUGUCGUACAUGUGGAACGAUCGAGACUGCGACACGAGAAACUUCUUUCUCUGUGAACGAGUGGGCGUUGAAGAAGUGCUGGAGAAGACCUGGCACGACGAUUGCAACAAGACGAUCGCUCUGACGAUGGAUCGCCCGAAGGCCACCAUCUGGAGUCCGGGGUUUCCGAGGCCUUAUCCGGACAACGUAAACUGCCUGACAAUGAUCACUGCCCCACCCGGUUAUCGGAUAGUGGUAGACUUUGAGGAGCUAGUUCUUGAAAACGAACCACUGUGCACUUACGACUAUCUCCAAAUUCUGGAGCCGCCGGUCAACUUUUCCGCCGCCUACAGCAAACCUUCCCGCUCCUUCGGAGGAGUUCCGCUCUUCCAGACGCGCAAUCCGCGGCACAGCACAAGUCGCUACUACGUUCGCCGACGCAAGUCCAGCGUGGACCUCAGCGAUCGGCUCAUGUCGACCUUUACCAGCAAAACGCCGAACCUGAUUCUCCAACCGGAGGACCCCAGCUACGAUCUGCGGAUUCCACCACCGGACCUGUACUCGGGUCGCGUCCCGCGCAAGGUCUGCGGCGACUGGAGCUCAAAGCUGAAGCUCCUCCGGCACGUCACCAAGGGGCCGAUGUUGGCGUUGCGCUUCGUGUCCGACUACUCCAACCACUACGGUGGCUACAAGGCCAAAGUUGCCAUGGAAAACGGAAGACAAUGGCCACGUGUGAUAUCCGAGUGCUACGACGAGCGCUUCAAGGCAUACAACGCAUCCUGUUAUUUAUUCAUCUCCUACCCGGAAGUGGACUGGAUAACGGCCCAACAGGUUUGCCGGGGAAUCGGAGCACAGCUGGCGUCAAUUUCAACCACCGACGAGCAGAGGUUCAUUACGUCCAACAUACGAAAUAGCCUGGACUACACCCCCCGGGCGCUGUACUGGGUAGGAGGCGAACUAUCCGAAACGGGAGAGCUGGAGUGGGCCGAUGGAACGAAGCUAUUGUUUGAGGGCUGGCUCCCGGGUCAGAAGCCGGAGCCGGCUGCUACAGCGAGGGCUUCCGUUUGCUUGGGUCUCCAGUGGAAGAUCUCCCCAACACCGAUGAUUUCAUCGGGCUUGCACUGGAGCACGCAGAAGUGCUCCACCAGGGCUGGCUACAUCUGCAAGAAGCCCCGUCCGACGGCCGAGGAGAACAUGGCCAAGAAUCAGACGAUCAGCGGGACGGAAGGACGACUGCUGUCGCCGAGUCCGUAUCCAGCCCAAACCGACUACUGGAUACGGUUGGUUGCUCCGGAGAGCACUCGAAUCAUCAUUCAGUUCCAAAAACUCGACAUCGAAUUCCAAGAGGAGUGCCUCUACGAUUACGUCAGCAUUCAGAACUAUCAGAUUCUUCCAAAUGCUCCGUUGAAUCCAGGAACCAAUGCGCAGCCAAUGGCCAUGUUCUGGGAUGGUCGAACCGAUAGCCUCCCGUCGGCUGACUACAUGAGUGACCAACCCUUCCGCCCGUUGCUCAACGGAGACUACUACUACGAUCAAAAAACUUCCUCGCCCCCAAAGCAAGAGAAAUUCUACCGGAAGAGAUCACUAUCAACCAACGACGACAUCCAGCAGAAGCUGCAGGACAACAUCAAACUGCUGGAGAAGAUCAACUCCAAGCUGAAGGAUCGCAAGAAGCGGUUCCUCAGCUCGGACAACUACAAAACCGUCAAGAACAGCUCCCAGAGUAUUACGUUAGAGUCCAAUGCCGUCGGACCGACGAUCGAAGAAACGGACCCUUCGUUCCUGCCGUACGUCCGGUGGUGUGGAACGCACGACUCCAACAUGACGCGCUUCAACUUCAUCUCCAGUGGGAACGAAGCGUUCUUGCGGUUUCACUCCGAUUUCUCCGUGGCCGGAAGCGGGUAUUCGGCAACCUGGAGCACGGUGGACGUCUCCGGGUGUCCAGUGCAAACCUUAACCUCCCGAGAGGGUUCCAUCAGCAGUCCGAACUAUCCGCACUUUCUGCUGAACAACCUGGACUGCACCUUCAUCAUCCAGGCCCCCUACGGGAGGAAGGUUUGGUUGGAGUUCACCUUCUUCGACAUCCUCCAGGACGCGAUCGUUUACGUGGACAUUUCGGAGGGACCAUUCGAACCGUUUCGGGACGAUCAGCACAUCAACGACGGGGUGUUUUUGAGCAAGGGUGAACGGUUGGUGGUGCGGCUCAAGACCGGUCCGUUGCCACGGGGGAAAGGCUUCCGUGCUACGUUCAAAGCGCUGAGCACCGCGGUGGAGCAGAGGUUCAUCCAUCUGGGCAACAGGACGAGCGGGAAUUUGUUCUACCUGAACUACCCGCAGACGAUACCGUACGAGAUCGACUUUGUCCAGCAUCUGGUGGCACCACUCGGGGAGCUGAUACUGCUGGAGCUGCACGGGGUGGGUUUCAGCGAGCAUGGCUGCCACAAAAGUGGGUUCAUCGAGAUCUACGACAACUACGCCGACAAGAACGGCACACUGUGGCAUCUGUGCGAACUGAACCACCCGAACGCCACCAGCUCCAAAGCCUAUUCGGCCGAGUACAAGCUGAUCGAGAACAACCUGGCCAAACCGGCUCCCAUCUACAUCACGUCCUACCUGAACACACUGCACAUCCGGCAGCGAACCGUUCAGGGCAUGGGCGUCCGAUUGAAUGCCACCAUCCGCAUGCAGAACGACAUCGCCUACAAGAUGAAGCUGAUCACCAACGAGGACGAGUGGGUCGAAAGCUGCAAACCGAACCCGUGCCAGUACGGUGGCAAGUGCAUCAUGCAGGCGAAAAACCGCGGAAUGUGCCAAUGUCGGGGCUACUUCACCGGACGGUUCUGCGGGUUGAACAUGUGCGAACUAGAGCCGUGCUAUUUCGGCAAAUGCGAAUUGACACAAUCCAGCUUCAAGUGCCACUGCCAGCCCGGUUACAUGGGCAAACGGUGCGAUGAAAAGCCGAAACCAUGCGAGGACAAUCCCUGCGAGGGACGUGGCGAGUGCCAUCCGAAAAACGGGGGAUUCCUCUGCCGAUGUCACGCUUGGUGGGAAGGCCCCCGGUGUGAAAGACGAAUGAUGCACAUUCCCUAUAAACCCCUGUCCGAACGGAUGCUGCAGGAACCGUUCUGGUUGGGUUUGAUCACGGUUUUUGUGGUGCUGGCCGUCAUCGGGCUGGUGUGGUGUGCCAAGCGGCACUUCCCGGAGAAAAUCGAGAAACUGUUGGCCGAUGAAGCUCACCGGAAUAGACCUGCAAACUUCCAACCGCAUCAUCUGAACACGGCACUCCGGGAGCAGCUGCAGGCAGCGGCAGGAACGGUGCCCUCGUCGACGGCCACAACCCCCGCGACGCAUAGGACCAUCUUCGGACGUUUGGGUAUUAGAAAACCAUCAAUAUUGAGCCUCAGCAGCCCUCAGCAAGUUGGAGGGGCAACCGCUAGAACAUUUUCAUUAGAUGAUCUAUUACGGCCCCCUCCUCGACGAACUCCAUCGCCGAGGAAGAAGCGAAACAAUUCCACCCCCACGAAGAAGAACGUCAACGAGAAGAAACAGAUACUGCAGCAGUUGGUAUCGCCAGCUCCGAAUGCCGCAGCUAAGCAAGUCAGUCUCGGCGAGCUGAUCCAGCUGUCCGAAAACCGGCUGAAGGUCCACCAUGCCGAGUCCGAGUCGGACCUUAAGGAAACCACCUUCUCCGAGCAUUCGCUGUCCGUGUCCUCAAUGGUGCGUCAGAUAUCCGAUCCCAAGCUGGAGAAGAAGGUCACCUUUGCCCGGCUGCUGAGCAAGGUGUCCGCCGAGAUGAGCAGCGGGUCCGAGGACCUGGCCAACGGAACAAAACAUUCUAGCGCUUUAAGUCUUCCGACUGAAGUACCGCAACGCGCAAAUUCCGUACCACCGUCACCUAGCACAAACGAAAUUCGUUCGCCGCACAGCACUUCCUCGAACCAGGGAAGCGAUUCGCUGUCCAGUUCCGAGCUAGCUUUGCAUGAUUUCGGUUUGCGAGGCCACCACCGGCGGGCCCGUCCCAAGGUCUCCAGUGCCGAUUCGAUCCUGGCCAUGUUCAAGAACUUUGCCACCUCGAGCGCCGGCAUCAACCUUCCGUCGUCGAUCGUAAUUUCGCCAUCGUCCACCCCGACGGCGUCCAGCCCACAGGACGACGUGGCCGGCGAUGACGACUCGUCGACCUCGUCAAUCCACACGCCGGUUAGCUACUCUAGCGGAGCACCCGACUCACCCGUGUUCUACCGUCAAAGUACGAUCGAAGUACCUGUUCUCGAUGCACUUAGCGCUCACAAAACGACGCCCUCGACUACCACCACCACCAGCACGCAGAUGCAUCCCCCAACCAUACUGCUGGAGAUACCCAGCAACGGAAUCAAUAACAAGUGCCUGUCUCCAAUCAGAGAAAUGCCCACGCCGAUCCCGUCGCCAGCGUUGACGCCAAUUAUGCCACGACCCCAGCGGAUGCGAACCCCCCAGAACAUGCAUGACGAGUCGAUGUCCGUGACGUUCAGUGGCGACUAUUCCGGAUACAACAACUCGAAACCCAACCAAGUCACAAUCGAAAUCAACCAUCCCGAAUCGGACACCGAUUCACCCACCCCAACGAAUCUAUCCUCUCAGAGCGACUCGAAUAGUUCGAACGGUUCCAGCCGAAGCCGCAAAGUCCCACUACUUCCGAAGAUCUCGAUCGAUGUUCAACCUCCUACCCCCGAGCGAGAACGAGCGGUGCGUCCCCGCGAUUUGAUCAUCCCGGAGCUAAUCAUCCAACAUCCCAGUCCAACGAGGGAACGCUCGUCGGUAGUGAUGUUCCCCGGUUCGCCUCCUCCCCAGCGAGCCAGCAUCGGAGAGACUAGUUCCUUCUUCCCCAACAAGCAGCAGCAGAAAAGAUUGCUGAAACAGUGGGAGAAGCCCGGUUCGCUGGAUCUCCCAUUCGAUCCACCGAUGAUCACGAUCACGUCCAAUAUGAGUGAGCUGGACUCUGACGCCGACUAUAUGUCACCGGCCGCCACAGGUAAACAAAACGGGGCCAACACCCUAGGCGUGUCCGGUAAUUCCGUAGGCAUGUGCUAUCUCAGUCCGUUUUCGAUGUGUAUCCGCGGUGAUCGAGCACCGUCUGAAAGUAACCUUAGUUCAUCCGGCUACUCUAGUAUGGCUAGUCCCGGUCCCAGUAGGUGCGGAUCUAGCAAUCCUCUCUUUCCGAGCGAGAUGGAAGACCCCGGUUCAGGUUCCGGUGGAACGGGCUUCCCUGGGCUGAGCUCCAUGAUGGGAGCCAACGGUCGUCGUCAUACAUCGAUUCUGAAGAAACACAACGAAGCUACCGGUGGUGCCGGUGGAACGGCCACCGGUGGCACCACCGACCGUCACGAGUCCUUUCGGUUGAGGUCGGACUCGGAGACGCUAUCCGAUGAUCCACUGCUCGAGUCCAACGACGAAGGCAUCGGGACCGAUCACCUGGACGAAAAGAUCGAGGAGGGAGAAAUCAAAAGUGCCAAAGAUUUGGAACUCUACAUCGGCAAUGAACUGAUCGAGAACGGGCGUAACAUACUGAACCAGACGGAGGCAGUGUCCAUGUCCCAGCUGCAGCUGCCCUCGAUUGUGAUUCAGACAGAGAGUGGGUUCGAUAAGCUCUCGCCGGUUUCGUCACGCUCCGAGAGCCCCCUGAGCGAUCGAACCGCCAGCAUGGAACGGUUCUCACCACUAUUCUACGGCAAGAAGGACCAACAGCUGCCAUUUACCGAUUCGGACGGCCUGUAUGACUUCCCCUCGUCCGAUGGUAAAGGCAGCUCGACGAUCCAUCACCGCAAGAGUACCGUAGGCCGCAGGAGAGAGCGUCGCAGCUCCCGCUCCGGAGCGACACUCUCUCCUUCGAAAUCGACCUCGAUACUGCUGGACAUUCCCAGCGGAGGCAACAAGGACAAGGACUACGGCUCCAGCCUUCACCAUCCCCAUCAAACCACAACCAACGCGCACAGUGGCACCGGUUCCAAGUUCUCCUGCGCUACGCCGACUCGCAAAAGCCCCAAGAGGCGUCCACUCUACCGGCAUCCCAUAGCGAGUAGUUCAUCGUCUGAAUCGUUGACUUCCACUCGCGAGUACGCACAAAGAUCUAGCAAAGCGUUCAUAUCGUUGACGAGGGAAACCCACCUGUGCGACUCCGGAGAUGACACCGGCGAGGUACGUUCACAAGCCACCAUCGGCUACAAUACUGGCAACACUGGCAACAUCAACAUCAGCUUGCCGGCCACUACAGCGGACUCUAUCCAACCGACCAUUCUCAAUAAUCCUAUCCCCCCCUCCGAUCAGCCUUCCGCUAUCCUUCCAUCAACGUCAUCCGAACUGCCAAUGUCUCAUCAGAAACCGGACGCUCCGUCCCGGUUCGCCAACUGCGCCGAUUCCGAUCUGUUCCGGCGCUUGUUGAACUACAAGCUGGACAAACUGCGCACGAUUCCGGUGCAAUCUAGCAAACAAUCCAGCACGUCCUUCGAUAGCUAUGGCUACACCCGAAUCGGUCAAUACGAUGACGAGUUUUACGACGAUGAUGAUAACGUUGAUGUUGAUGAUGAUGAUGAUGAUGAAGAUGAUGAUGACGAUGAUGACGACGAUUAUUACUAUGAAAAGGAUGUAUCUAGCCAAAUACUGCCCAAGGUAACGGUUGAGGACAUCAGCGCCAGACCGCAGAGCAAAAUUGGACGCCUCCGAGCUAUUGGCAAUCAGAUACGGUUCCUCCGUCGUCUGGAGCGUUCGAUCCGCCAGAAGGAUCGGCUGCUAGCGGUGUCCGACGAGGACGGGUCGCCUAAGGUGACGUCACCGCUGCUGAAGAAGCAUGAGAGUAACUGCUCGUCACCGGCGGCGGCGGCGGCGGCGGGUUCUGGUGUCCAACGGAAGGAGCUGAUCAUCGUUGAGGCUCAGCAGCAUCAGCCACCGUCUCAGUCCCAGCAGCUGCUGAUGCCCUCGAGUGUGGUCGGUAUCAAGUCCCGGCAGAACUUCAAAAUGUCCCGCCAGAAACGGGUCGCCGGUAGCCGCGGGGGCUACAACGAUCAACCCUGGCACGAGCGGGAUCGGAAAAUGCUCGGCAGCGGUGAUGUAAAUAGCGAUUAACUGUAAAACAAAAAAGAAAAGUAGAUUCUAGAGAGGGUAAUAUCCUGCGUUCAGCGCCAUCCUUCUUCCAGCGGAAGCGCAUCCUUGCAAUAUAAUUAGGUGAAUACGCGUUCGUUACCACCACGUGUCGUCGUGUGUUACUUUGUAAGUUCUUUGAAACGUAUUGCACAAACCGAUAUUCAGUAGUUUGGAAUCGUGUCCUAGGUAAGUGAAUAACUUGAUUUUAAAUGUGCAAAAUGUGGAUGUAAAUACCGGCACUCUGUUACCUUCAAACAACAGACAACAGCAGAUCUAGCCUUCUUUUCGGCGUGAAUGAUGAGCGAUGUCACACUAAAUCAAAACAACCAAUACAAGCAUAAAACUUAAAAGCAAGCAAACUCUACAGCAAUACUUAGGAGAACUUUUUCUAAACAAAAAAAAUCAACAAAUUUAGAAAGAAUAACUAAACAACUAACAACUGUUAAGAGAGCCACUAAACUUAAGCUGUGUGUGUUUUUGUAAUCCUUUUACACAUGUGGAGAGAAAAAUCACUCUCUCUCACACACACACACACACACACACACACACACUAAAAACGCAUCUUAAUCUUAGAAACGAACCGUGCACUUCAACCAUGAGAACAAAACGAAAAUUCGCUCGACCUGUGUGCAGCAUUUGAAUGUGUUCAGUUUUUGGUCGUCUUCUCAACUGCACCCUGACCACUGACUGUACUGUCCCUAUCCGUGGUCAUUGUAUAUAGCUGUAAUCAAGAUCCUGACCUACCAUAGAAAACUGCUCUCGGUGCAACAACAUUAAGGAUCGAGAUUCGAUUUAGAUUUACCAAAUGCGGUGCACAUCCACAGACCGACCGUGUACAUAGUGAGCAAAAUGCAAGUACAAUUCAGCUAAUAACAAAAUGGAAGAAAUCCUUGGCAAAGCAAACAAAUAAAACAACCGAUUCGGUAGGGAACUUUGACCAAAAUUGUGCAACCUGCUAAACGCUAAAACGAAAAAUCUGUAAAAAGAACGCUAGAAACAGAGGGCAAAUCUGUAAAACGUGUAAAUUGGUAGAUCACCUGAAUUGAGACUGAUUUUUUUAGAACAUGAAACGACAAAACUAAAAACGAAAAAGCAUACAAAUUGAUGCAAACUAAAACAGAGCCAGCAUUGAGACGUUCGUAGGAGACGGGGGGAGCGAGUGGAAGCAGAUUGUCGCUGUAGACUGUAGAUUAGAGAAGCUGCGCGAAUAGCGCACUAGAAGAGCAAACCCCCUUAGGAAUGCACCUAAAUGUGUCAUCGGGACAAAUAGUUAGAAGCAGAAAACGUAGCUUUCACGCAUAAAUUGAAAUAGGGGAAAGUUUGAGAGGCUAAUCUGCAAUUGAGUGGCAGUACUGGGUGGAGUUGGUACCGACGUAGGUUCCAAAUAGAUUUUGAGAUGGAAAUUUCAAUUAUUCAAGUAUUUGUUGUUUCUCCUGCAUUCAGAAGUAGCUUCAUGCAACCUAAAAAUAACUCGACCCACCUUACAAAGGAACGCUCCUGUAUAUGUGAGGAGAGGACUUAUUUAAUCCACGAAAUUGAUGAAGGUCAUAAGACACACAUGGUGUAUAUCGGGGUUUUUUUUUCGGGGAGCAUUCAGUGCUCCGCCAAGCCUUGAUGUACAUUUAUUUAACAUGAAAUUCAGAUAAGUCAAAUGAAGAUUUUCGCCAAUACAGUAAACGUUCGAUUUUGGUUUAUUAAUUUAUUUGAUAAGACUCAAUCGAAUUAACUUUCCAGAGCCGAUGAUUCUUCUUCACUAUACAAAACAUCUUAAAACUAUAGUCAAAAGGUGCAGCACAAUAAACACUUUAUCUCCCGCUAUCCAAUAAGGCUCAUCCAUCGGAACGGGAUCCGCUUCCAGUGGUUUCAUUGUAUGGCAGUAUCGCCAACGGGGAGUA